CGGCUGCGUCCGCGUCGUCAUCUGCGCUCCGGACGCUGACGUGUCUGGGCGGUCGGCUUCCACUCCUCCCGGCGCCGGCAGCCACUAGUCGUGGCGAGAGGGGCGGGGUGGCCGGGGCUGGCGUUCCCCUUGGCCCCCGCUCCCGGCCCGCCCCGCCGCCGCGGCCCCCCGGAUGAGGGUAUAUAUUCGGAGCGGGCGCGGGACGCCGAUGAGUGGCUGCGCGGAAGGAGCUGGAGACAGGCGUAGCUGUGGUCGCGCCGAGGAAGGUACGUACAUUACACCCCUAUUUCUACAAAGCUUGGCUAUUAGACCAUUAUGAACAUUAAUGACCUCAAACUCACGUUGUCCAAAGCUGGGCAAGAGCACCUACUACAUUUCUGGAAUGAGCUUGAAGAAGCCCAACAGGUAGAACUUUACGCAGAGCUCCAGGCCAUGAAUUUUGAGGAGCUGAACUUGUUUUUCCAAAAGGCCAUUGAAGGAUUUAACCAGUCUUCUCACCAAAAGAAUGUGGAUGCACGAAUGGAGCCUGUGCCUCGAGAGGUAUUGGGCAGUGCUACAAGGGAUCAAGAUCAGCUCCAGGCCUGGGAAAGUGAAGGACUUUUCCAGAUUUCUCAGAAUAAAGUAGCAGUUCUUCUUCUAGCUGGUGGGCAGGGGACAAGACUCGGCGUUGCAUAUCAAGGGAUGUAUGAUGUUGGUUUGCCAUCCUGUAAGACACUUUUUCAGAUUCAAGCAGAGCGUAUCCUGAAGCUACAACAGGUUGCUGAAAAAUAUUAUGGCAACAAAUGCAUUAUUCCAUGGUAUAUAAUGACCAGUGGCAGAACAAUGGAAUCUACAAAGGAGUUCUUCACCAAGCACAAGUACUUUGGUUUAAAAAAAGAGAAUGUAAUCUUUUUUCAGCAAGGAAUGCUCCCCGCCAUGAGUUUUGAUGGGAAAAUUAUUUUGGAAGAGAAGAACAAAGUUUCUAUGGCUCCAGAUGGGAAUGGUGGUCUUUAUCGGGCACUUGCAGCCCAGAAUAUUGUGGAGGAUAUGGAGCAAAGGGGCAUUUGGAGCAUUCAUGUCUAUUGUGUUGACAACAUAUUAGUAAAAGUGGCAGACCCACGGUUCAUUGGAUUUUGCAUUCAGAAAGGAGCAGACUGUGGAGCAAAGGUGGUGGAAAAAACGAACCCUACAGAACCAGUUGGAGUGGUUUGCCGAGUGGAUGGAGUUUACCAGGUGGUAGAAUAUAGUGAGAUUUCCCUGGCAACAGCUCAAAAACGAAGCUCAGAUGGACGACUGCUGUUCAAUGCGGGGAACAUUGCCAACCAUUUCUUCACUGUACCAUUUCUGAGAGAUGUUGUCAAGUAUGGGCAAGAUGGAGCCUUUUAAAAUUAUAUUUAUUGUUAAGCAGAAACUAAGACACUUGAGAGGGACGCAGAUACCCCAAAUCCAUAUCCCACAGAAUUCAUCUUUCCCGAGGAUCACUUAUCAAAUGGACAUGUAUCUCAUGUUGUGAUUGUUUUUAGUAAGAUGUAUUGUAAGGUGGGAAUCAUCGGAGCCCAUUCCCCAGCACAUUAAUGGGAGGCCAAAGCAUUUCACCCUUCUCACCUUCCCACCCCCAACUAUGUGCUAGGUUCUGUUGAAGCAAAGAAUAAGAAAUGAAACUUUCUUUACCACAACUGUGAGCUUUUUAAAAAUA